AUGGACUCGCUACCAUUUCCUCCAAAAUCGAUAGCUGCUAUACCCUCCUAUCUGAUGAACGGAAAAACGCACACAGCUCAUAGUAGCUCUCCCCUACGUCCCUCCACGCGAACGUCGGUCAACGCCGAAGAGCGAGAGAGACUCACAGCUUCUAUUGCAUCCUCAAAUGCCGGACGUCAACCUAUAGAUCUGGAUUCCGUAGGGUCGUCAAAGGUCAAUGGCCAUGGAUCAUAUUCCCUGGAGGUGCCAGACGAAGAUUCGGCAGCUCCAACCAAUAUCGAUGUCUCUGCCAGGGAUCCUAGAGACGAAGCACCGUCUCAGACGACUCCCACUGUGAGCCGGCCUGCCAGCCCAUACACGUUAAAUCCUCCAAUAGACUUUGAUGGGUUGAGUUGGCCGAGUCUUGGGACGAGAGAGCGUCUGGAAGCUACACCCAAACAGGCUGAAGAGCGGUUACAGAGAUUGGAAGGAGCUAUAACGACCAUCUUGGAAUGUAUAGGAGAAGAUCCAGACCGAGAGGGUCUGCGAGGGACGCCGGAGCGCUAUGCAAAAGCCAUGCUCUACUUUACUAAAGGCUAUGAGGAGAAUGUCCGUGAUCUGGUCAAUGGAGCUGUCUUCCACGAAGAUCAUGAUGAGCUUGUCAUUGUCAAAGAUAUCGAGGUCUUCUCGUUGUGCGAGCAUCAUAUGGUACCUUUCACUGGAAAGAUGCACAUAGGCUACAUUCCAAAUCGACGAGUACUGGGUCUCUCCAAACUGGCACGCCUUGCAGAGAUGUUUUCCCGUCGACUUCAGAUCCAAGAGAGGUUGACGAAGCAAGUGGCACUCGCGAUCACUGAAGUCUUGAAGCCUCAAGGUGUAGCUGUGGUCAUGGAGUCGAGUCAUCUUUGCAUGGUUAUGAGAGGCGUAGAAAAGACUUCGACGUCGACCAUCACGAGCUGCAUGUUAGGCUGUAUGCGAUCAAGGGCAAGCACAAGGGAUGAAUUCCUUAAUCUGGUGAACAAGCGAUAA